UGUGUCUCUGAUCGUCUUGCUACUCUGCGCCAAAAAUGUAAGACGAUUCGUUACCUUCCUGUAAAAAUAUUACAUUGAAUGCACGUUUCCAUUAUCUAGCUACCAUAUUUCAAACAUUUAAUAAUUCAGACAUGGACGUCACAAAAUCCAAUUUUGAUCAACUGCUGCCAGCAAUAAAAGAAGCUAUCAAGAAUUGUACGUUUGCAAGUAUUGACUGCGAAAUAACUGGCUUGAAUGUUACCAAAGAUAUAAAUGCUUUUGAUACUCCUGAAGAGUAUUAUAUUAAAGUUAAAAAAAAUUGUCUUGAAUUUUUGGUUAUACAGUAUGGUUUAAGCCUUUUUAGGUAUGAUAAAGAAAAUAAUACUUUCAAACAAACCACCUACAACUUCUACAUAUUUAGAAAACCAAUUAACCGUAAUAUUCCAGAUCAAAGAUUUCUGUGUGAGUCCAAUAGCAUAGAUUUUCUCACUGCACAGGGUUUUGAUUUUAAUAAAUUAUUCAAAGAUGGCCUAUCUUAUUUGACUUCACAGGAAUAUGAGAAGUUCAAGAGUGAUUUGGAAGAAAAGAAAAAGAAUCACAUAUUUACAAUCCAAAACGAAAACAAAGAUAUUAUUCCUAUACCUGAUAAUUUAAUAACGUUUAUUGAGGAUGUCACUAAAAAACUUGAAAAUUUUGCUGAAUCUAAUGAAACAGAAAUGUCACUACCGAGGUGUGGUCCCUUUGCCAAAAAAUUGAUUUACCAAGUCGCUGAAGACAAGUUUGAAAAUAAAUUGACACUUGAAUCUAGACAAGUGGAAAAAGACAGAAUUUUGUUUGCAGUCAAGCAAAGACCCAAAGAAAGAGAGCAAGAAAUAUUUGAGAAAAAACAUGAAGAUGACUUUCAACAACUUGAGGAUUAUUUAGGUUUCAGUAGAGUAAUACAGGUUUUAAAAGAUUCAAAAAAACUUAUAGUGGGACACAACCUUGGCCUGGAUCUUAUGCACACCAUUGAUAAAUUCGUGACUCCUUUGCCUGAGGAUUACGAAGAUUUUAAGACCUGUGUUCAGAAGAUAUUUCCACAAGUUAUUGAUACAAAGUACAUGGCAAAUUCAGAACCGUUCAAAGAUCUCAUAUCAUCAACAGUAUUAAAGAGUCUUUUAAAUACUGUGGCGCAACAACCGUUUAAAACAAUUGAUACUGAAAUUGAAACUGGGGCAGAAGGCUACAAAAUUGGUGAUAACAAAGAACAUAAAGCUGGAUAUGUCGCUUUUGUCACUGGUUACAUUUUUAUUUCUAUGUGGAGAUAUUUGGGAAUAAAAGCGGACAAAUCGCCGAAAGACACGUUUAAAGAUUUCAAAUUGCUUAAAAAGGUAUUAAAUCGUAUCUUUACCAUGAAUCUUGUUGACAACCAGUACAUAAACCUACAAGGAAAAGACUUAAAUCCGUCUCGAGAUCACGUUUUCUAUCUAACAUUCCCAAAAGACUGGAAAUACAACGACAUAGUUGAACUGUUCAGUCCAUUCGGUCCUGUCUUUGUUUCUUGGUUGGAUGACACAUCAGCCUACGUGAGUUUACAGAAAAAAGAUCAAGCGGCUUUAGCUUUGAACACACUAUCGCAGAGCGACGACAGCUACACUAUUAUGCCGUUCAAUAAAAAAUUCGAUUUUGAUAAUGAUAAUGAGGGAAACACCAAGAAAAUGCGGAUGACCAGUUUAGAACGUCUUUUUAAUAUUCUUACUAUCUUCUUGCUGGUAUCUGCAACUUGGAGGUGCCUGGAGAUGCUGUAAAACCCACAGCGAAGCUUCGAGUGAAGGAAGCGGGUGUGUGGGAAGCUGUAUCGAAAAUGAAUUAAAGGAAAACUGAAAAGACUCAAAGAAAGUGGUACCUGGGAUUAAGAAGCUGUUUACAAUAUAAUUAUUAUAUAUACAUAUAUUUUACUGUUUAGACGAUUAGGAAUAAAGAUUCUAUGUCAAUA